AUGUCAAAUGCGUUUGAGUUUGUGGUUGUAUUUACUGAUUUUGAUGGAAACAAUGGUGUGAUUUUUUCUGGGUGUGAUAUACGCCAUCGUAUUAACAUCUCAUCUGGCUUAAAAGCAGGCAAUAAAGCCAAAAUUAGAAAGGAGAAUGGGUAUCAAAGUACUGUGCUCUUUGCUGAUGCCGCCAGGCUAGAGAAUUCCUCAGUAGAAACACAGUUGGAGAAUUUUGAUGAUGACACUGAGGUACUGGAUGUUCCUUUCUGUAUUGGGAACGUGAGAACUCAGACAGAAGACAACACACAGGAAGAAGUCGUGCUUGACAGUGAUGAUGAAGGAGUACAUGUUCGCCAAGUGACGAAUAUCACAAUAUCUUCUGCUGAAUUCAAGAGAAAUGCCAGAGGGGAUGCAUCAGACUUGGAGAAGAGGUGGCUCACUUCUCCUCUUGACCAAGUUAAGGACUUGGCCGCAUGUUCUGUUGCCUCUGCUGGUAGAAGGUAUGUGAUGGUUAAGGGAAGUGAUAGUUGGCCUAAUUCUCUCCGUGCUGGCAGUCAUUAUCAGAGUAAGUGUGAUAAGGACAUUGAUGCAAGUAUAAAGAAACUUGAUCAGGACCGUCGUAUUAGGGAUUGCAGUGGAAAUAAGUGCGACUUUAUGGACAAAAUCGAUAGAGAGGAUACAGUGGGAAAAAUUUCACCUGAAGAUACACAUUGUGGGAAAAGGGUAUCUUCAAGUAAUUGUGAGGCCAUAGACGGAGAAAUAGAUACUCGGCUGGUUUCCUGUGACUGUGAGCUCACAACGCUAAGCUAUGUUGAGUGUCAAGAGCCUGAAGAGUUGUCACAAGCUAAUGCACUGGACUUUGUGGACCGUUAUGUAUCAUUAAACAGAGGGAACUUCACUGAGGAGGUUGAAAAAGGAAAGGUUAAUAAAAUCAGAUCACCUCCUGUUUUAAGUGCCAAGGGACCUCAAAGUUUGGCAAGGAGGGCCAACCUUAGAAACACCCUUGGGGAGCCGGGAAUCUUUGAGUGGGUUGACAAUCAAAUUGAUGACAAGGGGAAUGUUUCUCUAAAACUAAGAAACAAACUUGUCUUGAAUUCCAAAGGGCAGGGGCCUAGAUCUGUUACCUCAUCUCACGGUGCUGUUAAGUCAAACUGCCAUAAACAGGAGAGCUUACGGGUUGAGUGCAAAGAGAAGUUGCAGGCCAAAGUAAUUGGUCUAGAUGAUUCUGAUUUCAGGUUAAUGGUGCACAAUUCUGAUGAGAUUACUCAUACAGUACAAAUAUCUGAAAAAGGAAUUGAACCAGAUUUUGCGAAGGAGUUGAACAAACAGUUUGAUGCUGAAUCAUCAGGGCAGCAGUUGGAAAUCAGUAGCAUGGGAAUGGAAAUUCCAGACAUGUUUAAUGUGGGAUUUGAUACUCAAAUGGCUGCUGAAGCUAUGGAAUCCUUAUUCUAUGCCCCCUUUCCCAAUGGUGAUGCUGAUUUUGUACAUCAAGGUCCACAGAACACGUUUGAUGAUUCUCCAACAGAUGAAUCAAAGGACAAAGCAUCAAAAUGUCAGUCCAGUCCUAAUGGGGCUUAUUCAGAGCCAGGAAUCACUUUGAGAGUAUAUAAGAGAACAAAAAGGCCUGCUAAAAGAUUAAGCAGUAACAUAGCUGGUUCAGUUGACAAAGACACUACAAGCCAGAGAGAGUCAGAGUCUGUUAUAUCAGCAAGGAAGAAAGUGAAGGGGCCACAAGGUAGAAAUCUUGCCAACACAAAGCAAAGCUUAUGUGGAGGAUCUUCCAAGGUAAUUUACCAAAGAAAGAAAGACAGAGCUCCUAAGAAGGAUGACAUCACAGACAUUAAUAGUGAUCUUAAUUUGUCAAUGUCUGUUGAAUGUAACUUGUUUGGCGAAGGAUUGUCACCAAGGAAAUCUAGGAAUUCUUCACCCACUGCUCACUGGAUGAGGCAUUGGUCAACAAAAAAAUCGUCUGAACAGAUGGAGGAUCAGAUAAAUAAUUAUACAGAAAAUAAAUGUAAUACUACAGAGAUUGCUAUUCUUAAGAAAGGAAGAAAGAGUAGUAGGAUGGAUGCUAAUGUGUCUCGAGUGUCAAGUGUCCGAGGAAAACAUCCCAAGUUGAGUUCUGGCAUAUCUGUGGAAGCUACCAACAGCAAAGUCAACGGGCAAUUUGAUAUGAAUGGGGCUACCACUACCUGUGAUUUGAAAUUAGAUACAUGGAGCUAUCCCAAAAGGAAAAGAACACGACAGAAUGUGUUUCACCAAUCAAACACAAGAAGUAACCUUUGUGUCCCAUCUGCAGUAGUUAAUGGGGGAAAUGACAAUGGGCAUUCUGUUGGAUGUCAGAAAAAUUCUGAAGGGGAGUACAAGGCCAGUUCCUUCAGCUUAGAUAUAGAUAGGAAAGCACCCUUAUUGGUGUAUACUCGCUGGUUUCGGACUUCGUCAGAAAACAAACGUGUGGGUAACUCGUUAAGGCCGAAUAUUGAAUCAAGCUCACCAGAUGCUAUUAUCCACAAUCCUGCUGUCUUGACCGAAGAGAGGAGAACUGCAGAUAUGGACAAAGCCAAGGCCUCAUGGCAAUCUGGCAAACUUGAUAAUGUGGCUUCGGCAGUCUUGGUUGAUGAUGCAAACCAGAACAUCAAGAUAGCAAACUGGAAGGCCAAGGAACCACCCAUAAAUAAGGAUGGUGUGAAUUUCAAAAGACCACACAACAAAAACGUCUCAAGAUCGCCGCUUAUGAAAGAGCUUUUUAGAUUAGGGAUUUUUAAGUCCCUACCUGAUUUUGUGUCAAAAGAUUUGAGAGAACGAAGAAAUAUGGCAAAAGUUCGUGUCUUGUUCAGCCAAAACUUGGAUGAUGAUAUUCUUAAGCAGCAGAAAAAAAUUGUGGCAAGACUAGGCAUUUCCAUUGCAUCAUGUUGUUCGGACGCUACUCAUUUCAUAGCAGACAGAUUUGUGCGGACAAAGAAUAUGUUGGAAACCAUUGCUCUUGGUAAACCAGUGGUCACACAUUUAUGGCUGGAGAGCUGCGGACAAGCUAACUGUUUCAUGGAUGAGAAAAAUUACAUUCUGAGGGAUGCCAAAAAGGAAAAGGAACUUGGCUUUAGCAUGCCUAUCUCACUGGCUCGUGCUGGCAAGCGUCCACUUCUAAAGGUAAUUGUGCAUGGCCGUCAGGGUCAAAGAGUCUUCGUUACCCCAACUGUACAACCUGAUAAAGAAUUGAUUGAAAGCUUGGUCAAGGCAGUUCAUGGUCAGGCAGUGGAGAGAAUACAGAGAGCUGCAAUCAAGAAUGAAAUCAUCCCAGCGGAUCUCUUACUCCUUUCUUGUGAACAGGAUUAUGAGAUGUGUUUGCCAUUCCUCGAGAAAGGAGCAAAAGUUUACAGUACAGAGCUUCUACUUCGUGGGAUAAUUAUCCAGAAACUAGAAUAUAAGAGACAUCAACUCUUCACAAAUUAUGUCAAGAACUGCUCUAACAAUCUUGGGAGGGAAGAUGGAGAACAAUAG